AAAAAUAUUAAUGUAAUCUUAAAAUAAAAUGUUAAGUGUUAUUCCUUUGUUUGGCAGUAAAGCUAAUUCACGAAGUUUGUCCAAGUUUAAGUUAAAUGGUGGCAGAAACCCCCCUGGAUCACUAUUAGCACCCUUUGAUAUGCGGAGCGAGUUUUCACGGUGUUGAUGCUAUGCACACUUGUCGGAAUAAAAGUGCACCCGUAUGGAAACACUCCCAAGCCUGUUUAUUCCAAGUUGAAGGGCUGCUACAGUGAAAACUCGUCGCUGGAUGUGGAGUGAAAUUCAACUUGACGUUAGAAGGACUGCCACCCGCCAUUCUGUGGACAAGGCUGCCACCUGCUGUUCAAACGCUGUCACGUCAACCGGUACCCAGGCAAGAUCGGUCUAUUUCGUUUGCUGAUUGCUGCAUAAAAUCACAGGGACUCUUUGACUGCGAACAGUGAUGUUUAUUUAAUGGACUGAAGUCACCUUUUAUAGACCAUAUACUGUAAAUGUUUGAUGUUUUGAUGUAACCAUACACGUGAAAGGUGAAUAUAAAGAUACAGAAGGGUAAUUUAAUUAAAAGAGAAAAAGGAGAGUUAUUGAACUAACUGAACCUGUUAAAAGUUUAAUUCAUUCCUGGGUAAAUCCUUUGAUAGCAUUCAUUGCUAAGCUGUUUGUGUUAGCCUACAUUUUUAUUAAUGAUAAUCGCCCAGUGCAUGUUUGAUAUUUAACAUUGGUUGAGUUAUUGAGCUAUAUUUCAGUAAUUAAACUAUAAACCAGUAGUUCAAUUUAACCAAACAGCAUCACAACUUCAACAAGAUGUCACUUAAUGAAGAAGAAGCAGCUAGCACACAUGACCUACCCAUGAAAACCAAUAACCCACAGGCCGUCAGGUCUAGUUCACGCGAAAGAACAUUUACAGAAAAAGGAUUAGAGUUUCGCAAACAGGAAGCUAUUAAACACAAGAAGGAAUUCAUGAGAGCUUAUGGCUCCUGGAAAGAGGUGGCAGGAAAGGUUAGGACCACAUUAAAAUCAUUCUGUUCUAAAGAUGAACUAAAUAAAAUGAGAGAAGAAAUCCAAAUUCGACACAGUGCAGUAAGUGAAUGUUAUGAGCCCAUUCAACGCAACCACAAUGCCACCCCGGACAUUGUACCGAAAAUGGAUGCUUGUAUAGCACUCACGGUAGAGAUCAGUGAAAUAAUAGAAAUACGGCUAAAAACUGUAGAUGAGGUCUUCAAUCCAGAACUUGAGAAACUACGAGUGAGGAUGGCGCUUAAGAAGGAUGAGUAUGGAUCCGUUUUCGGACACACAAAAACAGACACUGUGCUCUCUCCAGAAAAUUCAAUCCACUCACAGGGCUCAAGCAAACAUGUAGAUGCGGAAGCAGAACUCGCAGCGCAACAAGAGAAGGUUAAAGCUGUAUACCAAAUACAAGCUCAAGAAGAAGUUCUUAGCAAGUUAGAAGAAGAGAAGCAGCUGGUUCUUAAAAGGUUGGAAGAAGAAAGGCAAGUAGCUCUUAAAAGAAUAGAGACAAACAUGCGUCAGGAGAAAAGGAGAUUACUGCAAAUUCAAGCAGAGUCAGAAGUAAGAAUAGCAGAGGCUAGAGUAAACGCAUACGAGAGCCUUGAACAUGAUUCCAGAGAAUGGCCAAAGGAGACGGAUCUCACAGUUGGAUUCAAAAGCCAGCUUAAUCCAAAAGCCAUCGCAUACCAGCCUCCUCAAGCACAUGCUAAUGUGCUAGCAUCUCCUGAGAAAGAUGACCUCACUCGAGCACUCAUUAACUCACUCAGUAUGAACCGCCUGCCUGCUCCUGAGCCACCAAAGUUCUCUGGCGAAGCCCUAAAGUAUGUAGACUGGAAGAUGUCCUUCAUGGCCCUCAUAGACCACCAGCCUCUCCCAGCUCAUGAAAAAAUGUUCUAUUUAAAAAACUAUCUGAGUGGAGAAGCACGUAAGGCUGUAGAGGGAUUCUUCUUUAGAAACUCAGAAGAAGCAUAUCAGGGGGCCUUAAGAGUCCUGGAGGAAAGAUACGGAAACCACUUCAUUGUGCAGAAGGCCUUUAGAGACAAGCUCAUGAAAUGGCCCAAGGUUGGUCCCAGUGAUCCUGCUGCACUUCGAGAGUUUGCUGACUUUCUGCAAGGAUGCGUUGAAGCGAUGCCUCAUGUGAAAGGAUUAUCCAUCUUGGAUGACUGUGAAGAGAACCACAAAUUGCUGAAGAAAUUACCAGACUGGAUCACACGAAGAUGGAGCAGAGUCGUCACGGAAAGACUGGACGAAUCCGGUGAUUAUCCAAGCUUUUCCUGUUUUACAAGGUUCAUCCAGAAGGAGGCUCGGAUAGCCUGUAACCCUGUCGCCUCUCCACUUCUGAUCAAGGCCACAGAUGACAGACAGCCCAAGAGAGCUAGAGCACUUCACACAAACAUUAAAGGGAGUUAUCCCACGGAAAAGGUUGAGAGAGUGUUCAGCACCAAGUCAAGGCCACCUUGUCCUAUCUGCAAAGAUGAGAUGCACGGCGUCGUAAAGUGCCCUACCUUUGCAGCAAAAUCUCUGGAAGAUAAGAAGACCUUCAUACGGGAAAACAAUUUGUGCUACGGAUGUUUGAGAAAGGGACAUAACAGUAAGGAUUGCAAAACGCGACACUCUUGUGGCAUAUGCAGCAGACGUCACCCCACCUGUCUACAUGAAGAGAGAGAGAACCGGUCUGUGGAAGCAAAGGAGAAACAGUACACUUCCACAGAUAAAGGCACUAGUCAGGAGGAGAUCAAGGUGACGUCCCAUGCAGUGACGCAGCGCAUCUUUGCCACAUCAAGCAUCGUCCCUGUGUUCAUGUCAUCUGCAAAUGAACCAGAGAAAGAAGUUAUAACGUAUGCUCUUCUAGAUACGCAGAGUGAUUCUACAUUCGUCUUGGAAGACCUUCUAGAAGAACUGAACGUGGAGACUAAACCAGUACAACUCAAACUGAGCACCAUGACAGCUGUUGACACACCCAUCGCAAGUAAAAGUGUUUGCGGUCUACAAGUUCGAGGACUACAGUCUGGAAAACAGAUUCUGCUACGCCAAGCCUACACUCGUGGCUUCAUUCCGGUCGACAAGUCCUACAUCCCAACUUCAGAAACAGCGCUGCUGUGGCCUCAUCUAAAGCAUUUAGCAAACAAACUCCCGCUGUUGAAGGACUGUGAGGUAGGACUGUUAAUUGGAAGUGAUUGCCCUUUGGCGUUAGCCCCCCAGGAAGUCGUCAUAGGAGGCGAAAAUGAUCCUUUUGCUCAGAGAACGGAACUCGGUUGGAGCAUCAUAGGCUCAUCCAAUCCACAUCUGGAUCGCCAGGGAAACCAGAGGUUCGUCCAUCGAGUGACAGUGAAGGAAAUACCAGCGCCAUCAACCAUUGACCUGCUGAAGGUCUUGGAAUCAGACUUCAAUGAAGGGAAGCAUGCAGAUAAAGACAAGUAUGUGUCACAAGAUGACAUUCGCUUCAUUCAGCUCCUGAGUAACAACAUAACUCAAAGGAAAGAUGGACACUAUGAAAUGCCCCUCCCUUUCAAGAGCACAGAGCCUCCUCUGUUACCAGACAAUAAGAAGCUUGCAACAGUUCGACUGCAGCAUCUAAAGAAAAGAUUGAAAAAUAACGAGCGAUAUAAAGAACAGUACAAGGCCUUCAUGAAAGAUAUGAUAGAGAAAGGUGACGCAGAGCCAGCCUCUCCUGCAACAGGACAGCAGACUACGUGGUACAUACCACACCAUGGGGUGUUCCACCCCAAGAAGCCAGAGAAGCUACGGGUCGUAUUUGAUUGUUCAGCGAAGUUCCGUGGUGUCUCACUAAAUGAUACACUUCUAACAGGUCCUGACCUGAUCAACUCUCUCCUUGGAGUGCUCUGUCGUUUCAGGAAAGAGGCUGUAGCCAUAAUUUGUGACCUAGAGAAAAUGUUCCAUCAGUUUUACGUUUCACCUGAACUACGGAACUACUUACGGUUUCUCUGGUGGGAGGAUGGAGACCUUGAAGCAGAGCCUCAAGAGUAUCAAAUGGCUGUGCACCUAUUUGGCGCCGCUUCGUCACCCGGAUGCGCCAACUUUGGUCUGAAGUACCUGGCACGCCAACACAAGGAAGAGUAUCCAUUAGCAUCAGCCUUCAUUGAAAAGAACUUCUACGUCGAUGAUGGGCUUAUCAGCGUCCCCUCCGUAGAAGAAGCAAAGAAGUUGAUCGCUGAAGCACGAGAGCUGUGCAAGAGAGGAGGUUUGCGUCUACAUAAGUUCAAUUCAAACGAAAGGUCAGUUCUGGACUCUGUGGACCCAACUGAGAGAGCAGUCACAUCUGAACCCCUCGAUCUGGACCUAAAUGCAGCUCCAGCAGAACGUGCUCUUGGUAUCCAGUGGUCCCUUGAACAUGACACCUUCGGCUUCAAUGUAAAUCCACAGACCAGGCCCCCCACACGUCGUGGCAUAUUAUCUGUCAUUGCUUCUUUGUACGAUCCAGUCGGAUUCGUAGCUCCGUUUAUCUUAACUGGAAAGUGCAUCCUCCAGGAGCUGUGCCGUCGAGACAUUGGGUGGGAUGACCCACUUCCCGAAGACUUAAGCCCACAGUGGGAGAGAUGGAAGAGCGACCUACAAAGGCUUAAUGAAGUCUCAAUACCAAGAUGCUACCAACCGCAAGGUUUUUGCAGAAUUGUCUCGAGGGAACUACACCACUUCUCAGAUGCCAGCAAUAUAGGAUAUGGCUCGUGUUCCUAUCUGAGGAGCAAGAAUGAAGUUGGUGAAGUUCACUGCAGCCUUGUGAUGGCAAAGGCUAGAGUUGCACCUACAAAACUUACAAGCAUUCCGAGAUUGGAACUUUCAGCAGCAGUGGUCGCUGCAAGAUCAAGUGUCAUGCUGAGAAACGAGCUGGAUAUGCCAAUCAAUGCAGAAUUUUUCUGGACUGACUCGCAAGUUGUCCUGGCUUAUAUUAACAAUGAAGCCAGAAGGUUCCAUGUCUUCGUUGCCAAUCGUGUGCAAAUGAUCAGAGAACAUCUCCACACGCCAAAAGUGGCAUACGACUCGACGGAACCUUAAGGUAGAUGACUUGGUCAUUAUAAAGGAAGAUACCCCUAGAAAUCAGUGGCACCUGGGACGAGUGGUUGAAGCCACACAGGAGAGUGAUGGACUAGUGCGUCGUGUCAAGGUGUUAGUAGGAGAAAGGACGUCAGUGAAACAAGAUCGCCCUACUAAACCUUUGAUAAUAGAAAGGCCCAUUCAGAAACUAGUUCUCCUCCUCGAGAGUGAUUGAUCAGUCUUACUGUUUACACCUUUAUCCCCUCGUGACAUAGGUUACUCUCAGAGCCAAGUAGUACUUAUCUGCACAUAUCUAGAAACACUGAUACAGAUUUAAGACUCAAGUAUGAGCCGUUCAGCCAGGUUGAUCCUUUUCUUCACUCUUCAUAACAUGAGUGGUGGGAGUGUAGUUGGCCAGUAUCAGUGUUUUAUUAUGAUUAUCCUGUUUUUUAUAUUCUAUUUUAUGAGACUUUUAUUUUGACAUGCUAUCUGUAGGGGGGACUAUAUUUUCUCUGUGUUCGCACACUCACGCGCUCACUCAUGAACGGUGUAAACGCGGGAAGGUAUGAUAUGAGACAAUGCAUGUCUGAGGUCGAAAAAUAUUAAUGUAAUCUUAAAAUAAAAUGUUAAGUGUUAUUCCUUUGUUUGGCAGUAAAGCUAAUUCACGAAGUUUGUCCAAGUUUAAGUUAAAUGGUGGCAGAAACCCCCCUGGAUCACUAUUAGCACCCUUUGAUAUGCGGAGCGAGGUAUGUGGUUCAUUGUAAUGUGCAUUUGCAUACUAAUUCAUUUAAUAUGUUUAUGUAAAUGGAAAUGAGAUUCAUUUUGUGAUGAUUGUUGCCUGCUUUGCUGUUAUCUAUCUGAUGCUAGCUUUCUAGCAUAUGUGCAUUUGUCAAAGGAUUAUUUGUAUCAAGCUAAACUGCCUUUGUUAUUUUCCUUUUAAGUUUUCACGGUGUUGAUGCUAUGCACACUUGUCGGAAUAAAAGUGCACCCGUAUGGAAACAC